AUGAUUCCUGGAUAUAAAACAAACACUUUUUGGAGCGAAGAUAUUAUCACCGGUCUAAAUUGUUUUUUAAGAAGAAUUGAAUUAGACACUAAAGAACUACAAACAUUACUAAAGUUUUAUGAAGAUUUCACAUCCAAGUUUAUUUAUGCUAGCAAAGAUAACUUAAAUGCUUUGUCUAAAGAGUAUUCUAUAGACAUUGCUUCUGCUACUGGCAGUACCAACAAUACUAAUACCGCUGUUACACAGAAAAAAAAUUUUAAUGCCAAGCUAAAUAGCAUUUUAAAAGAAGACAAUCCAUUCGAAUUGGAUUUUUAUUCCAACGGCGAAACUUCCAUCUGCUCGACUCUAUAUCUAGAGCAAACCAACACUUUGUCCUUUUUAGCCAACACCAUUUUACAACAAGUAUUAUUCAAACUGGAGAAUUAUUGCACUCAUAUGGUGGAAACAUGUUUAUUUGAAUAUAAAGAAUUUCAAAUGGAAAUUAAUGAUAUUUUAAUGAAACUAUAUAAAAACUAUAUGAAUCAAUUGGAAAUUACCAAGAAUUAUUAUAUACAAUACAAAGAAUUGUAUGACCACAUCCAAACUGCGUAUGUGACUACUAGUAACACCAAAGUUCUAGAGAACAAUAGUGAAAAUGAUUCCGAUAAGGAAACUGACGAUGAAAAACAACAAACAAUUUUUGUUAAAAAGACAAUCAGGAAAUCAAAAGAGAAGGAUAGUAAUGAUGGCAUAAAAUAUCCAAUUGAACUUGACAACCAAACUAAGAUUGUGAUCAGAAACAAAGAAGCGUUUGUUACAUUUUUGGGAAACAUAGAUAAACAUUUGGUUAAGAAACGGAAAUUAAUUUCGUUAUUGGAAAAAAAUUCCGAGUAUUUUAGUGGGAGUGCUUUAUACGAUUCUUUGAAGAAAAAUUAUUCUCGUUUAGACACCUCUUUGUAUAAUUUAGAGAGUAUUGGAAUGAACUUAAUUUUGUUGGGAGUUAUAAAGCCUUGUAAUGCUACUGGGUUGUCUACUUCGACCUCAGGAGCACAGCCACAAUCAUCGCUUCAACAGUACCAUUUCAACUCGAACGGGUCCUACGAGUGGGGCAGUACAUUUGACAAAAUUAUGGAAGAGAAAAACAAGAUUCAAGAUAAUCAUCCACAACAGAAUGAGGCCCCAUUGCAAAAUUUUGGUAGUUCCCUUAAUCAAUUUAUAAGAAAAGUUAGUGAGAACUGGGCGGCUGCAGAAAACGAUAACAAUCCAGAAUAUGCUGACAAUAAGACAGCCAUCAAUAAUGAAAAAGAUUUAAAUAAAAAUAUUGAAAAAUUUGAACAAUUAAAGGAAAUUUACUUUACGGAACAUGAUAAAUUGGGGAAAAACUUGACAGAUUUUGAAAUGAGCUUUAGUAAGAGCAUGGAAGUGUAUGAAAAGUUAUUCAUUAAAAAAUGUCAAGUUGUUACCUCAGCCAGAAACACCUUUAAUGAGAUUUUACUGUACGUAUCCGCUGAAAUAACCAGAUCUCUUAAAGAAAAAGAGGAGAAAGAAGCUAUGAUUAAUUUUAAUGUGGAAUGUGAAAAACUGUAUUCUGGAAUUUAUUCUUAUGGGGUUUUGGGAAACUUCGUUAAGCCAAAAAAUGGAUCGAUUCCAUUUUUGAAAUUGGAUGCAAAAACAGGUGUAAAACAACAGCCAAUUUUUCAAGCGGAAUUAAUCGGGAAUGAAUGCCCUUAUAUUUUAACAAAAGUUUUGGAGAAUUUAGAACAAACAAGUGAAUGGGAUCUCAUUAUUAAAACCUGGGAUACAAUGAAUAGCAGUGAUAUUUUCUUACAGGGCUAUCAGCUGAAACGGGAACUUACUAAUAUUUAUAAAAAUGCUGAUGACCAAGAAUCUGCCAUUGACUUGUUUUUGAAUCGAUUUGCUGCGAGUUCCAACAAUAUUUAUAAUUUAAUUCUUCUAUUGAAACUAUGGUUGUUAGAUUUGCCGGAUAGUUUAUUACCUAUUGGAUUAUACGAUUCGUUAAAAUCCAACAAUUAUGAUUGCUUGAAUCACUUAUCAUUGUGUAAUUUGUUAGCUAUUAAAAGAGUAGUAUUACAUUUUAACAGUUUAGACAAAGAUGGAAAUAUAGGUGAUGUUUUGUUUAGCAGUGACAGUAACACUAACAACAGGGGCAACAUUCCAUUAAGUCAAUUUUUCAUUUUUAACAGGUCGCCUAAGGAUUUGGCAACUACUAAUGAUAUUAUGAGGAAUAUUAUCUUCAAUAAGGAUAUUAGAGAAAGUUUAGAUAAAGCUAUUAAGGAAAAGUCUCUGUUGUCAGUUGCAAAACCUCCCGUUGAAGCGCAAAUAACUCAAAGACAUGUUAAGCCAAGUAUAGCGGUGCAGAAUAAUGAUAAUAUAGAUGAUGAAUUUGAACAGAAAAGGAAAAUUACCCCUACAAUAGUGGCAGAAGCAACAACCACUAACAUAAGAAAUAGUUUAACUAACGCACUUGAGAAAUUGACUAUGAGUAAUCAUAAUAAUAUUGAUAGCAGCACUACCACCACUGAUAAGAGUAAUGGUGAUAGAAACAUUAGCGAAGUUGAAUCAAACAAGACAGAUGCCACAGAUACCAGUGUAUCACAGAGGAAUGAGGAAUUUAUUCCUAAACCAUUUAAAAGAUUAAAUAACCAACAAUUACCGCACGCGUUGCCAACAUCAUUGUCCAAGUCAUCAUCUAUGAGAUCGAUACGUGGCAACAUAGGCAACGGUGCAUUAAGUGGGAAUAAUGGUGGCAACAAUACCAGUAACAAUGUGUAUUCGAUGAAAAGCAAUAAUAGCACACCGGAUUUAUUAAGCCGCUCAAGAAGUGGUAGUAGCAAUUUUAACUCCAAAAGGUUAAGCGGGAUUAACUUGUUAAAUAAUUCGCACUUAAAGCCAUCGCCUGGGUUGUAA